AUGGAGAAUUCGAGCCCCAGCCUCAAAUCGCUCGAAAAGAGAGUUAACCCAGAAAUUGGAGAUUACCAAGAUGAACAGCUUUACCAAUUGGGGUAUACACCCCAGUUGAAGCGCACACGAAAGCUAUCCACUAUGGUAUUCAUGUCUCUAUCAAUUGCGUCAAUCCCGUAUGGAGUCGGUAGUUCGUUGAUGAACGCUGUCUAUGGCGGGGGUCAACUAUCAUUGUUCAUUGGAUUGCUUGUCGUUUUGGUAUUGGACUCCUGUGUUGUCGUCUCGCUCUCGGAAUUAGCAUCCCGAUAUCCAACUUCGUCUGGUGUUUACCACUGGUCAUUCCGCCUACUAAAGUCGAACAAAAAUCGCGCUUUCGUUUCGUUCGUUACCGGCUGGAUAUGGCUUAUUGGGAACUGGACUAUAUCUCUUUCCGUCAAUUUCGGCAUCGCAUCCCUUAUUGUCGCCACUGUAUCGAUCUUUUACCCUGACUGGACAGCCUCAUCAUGGCAACUUCUACUCAUAUUUUACGCCAUAUGUCUCGUCACAUUUGUCAUCUGUUUCUUCGGUGACCACCUACUGCCGCUAAUUGAUACCCUCUCCGCCGCGUGUUCUGUGGUGACUUGUAUCGCAUUUGCCAUAACCAUGGCUGUUCUGGCAAAAGCAGGUCGACAUGAUGCUCAAACAGGUCUUGUUGGUUUGGUACCUGUUGUCGCUGGGAUCGCCGCAGUGAUUUUCACCUUGCCGAUAUGCUUCACUCUGCCGCCACUCGCCGAUAUUAUCAAUGCGCCGUAUGGCCAGGCAUUGCCAUACAUCAUCCACGUUGUAACGGGAUCACCGGCGGCAUCAAUUGUGCUCAUGGUACUUGUCCUAUUGGUCGCAAUAUUUUGUUCAAUCAGCAUCACUACCACAGCCGGGAGAUGUACUUGGGCAUUUUCCCGGGAUAACGCCCUGCCAUUGUCGCAUUUAUGGUCUGCGACCGUGAAAGAUAGUCCGCUAUCGGCUUUAUGCCUCGUGACUGCAAUUGAAAUGCUCCUUGGUCUCAUUUAUCUUGGCAGCACGAGUGCAUUUACUGCUUUUGCGUCAGUGGGGGUUAUUGCCCUUGCAGUGGCCUAUGCUAUUCCUAUUGCAAUCAGUCUUUUUGUUGACAAGCGCGUCGAAGUCAGCCAAUCUUGUUGGAAGUUGAAGCCAACGAUCGGGAAAAUUGCGAAUGGUGUUGCGCUGCUUUGGAUCGCAUUUCAGGUCGUUCUAUUCUGUAUGCCGGUGACUUUGCCCGUGAACAGUGAAACCAUGACUUACGCUUCGAUCGUUUUUGUCGGCUGUGUUGGUUUAAAUUUCAAAGGGCCCGUGGAAGAGAUCGAUGGUACAACACUCCAAUAA